CUGCGUUUGACGUUUGUCGGUUUGUUUUGGUAACGGCGCAAUUAAAUUCGCACCGACAGAGGACCGACGGAUCACGAAGCAGAAGUUCUGGGAAUUGCAUUUCUGGUGUUCUGCUCCUGGAAACGCAUUUAUCAUGUGUGGCCGCACGUGUUUGACACUGGAACCCAAAGAUCUGGAAAGCUGCUGUAAAUACAACAAAACGGGCCACAGCAAACCAAAACAACCGCGCUAUCGAAAUGAGUUCAAUUGCGGGAAAAAGUAUGUGCCUUCGUUUAAUGUGGCCCCCACGGACGUAACGCCCGUACUCGUUUCUGCCGUACACUUCGACGAUUCGGCGGAUUCGGGUGAUCGGCUGCUUGUGCCGAUGAUGUGGGGCAUGGUACCGCGCUGGCACAAGGGUGACUUCCGGAAGCACGGUCUUACCACCAACAACUGUCGUUUGGAAGGGCUGGCAUUUUCCAAACUGUACGGACCUCCGCUUGCCGCUGGCCAGCGCUGUGUCAUCGUUUGCGAGGGUUUUUACGAAUGGCAAACAGUAAAACCGAUGAAACCCUCCGAUCGACCAGCAUUCUUCGUGCACAUGCCACAGGAUGAGAACAUAAAAAUGGAAGACAAAUCUACCUGGCAGUCGGGUAACGGUGGUCAGCUGCAACUGCUCCGCAUCGCUGGGCUGUUCGAUGUGUGGAACGACGAGAAUGGAGACAAGCUGUACAGCUACACGGUCAUCACGUUCGAGACGGAGGGUCCAUUUUCCAGCAUUCAUCACCGUUCGCCGGCCAUUCUCGAAACGGAUGCCCAGGUAUCGGACUGGUUGGAUUUUAAGCGCGUUCCGGCAAACAGAGCCCUUAAUCUACUGCAACCCUGCCAAUCGCUCAAGUGGUACCGGGUGUCAAACAUUGUAAAUAACUCGCGCAACAAAUCCGACCAGUGUAACAAACCACUGGCGGAGGGGAAGUUGGUGGACGGUGGCAGCACAAAGGGUCCCGUAGUACCGAAAAGCAAAAUGAUGCAAUCGUGGUUAAUAGUUAAAAAGAGAAAAAUUGAUGAAGCCGAACAGAAACCAUCCAUCGACGAAAAGGUGAAGAAAGAGCCGAAGCCAGAUCCGGAACAAAAGUUAUCGCAAGAGGAGAAGGUGAAGAGAGAGCAGGAAACGGAACCGAUCGACAAAAAGCCGAAGAAAGAUCCGGAUGUGCCAUAAGUGUCUCAGUGAAUCUUUUCAUAAUGUUUAUACUAAAAAUAAGAAUUUUCUACAUUAGGUACCCAA